UUUACAAUGCUCCCAACAAACAGUUCAGACACAUAUUCCCACAAAAAACUGCUAAAUAUACCUAUACACCAAAUUAUGAAUGCAUUAAAAAACAUUAGCUCAAACAAAAACUUAGGUGACGUUGGCCUUAACAGGGAGCGGUUGGAUUCAGCCAUGUGAAAAGAGGCAGACCAGAGGGCAGUGUAUCCACCCUAAUUAAUAAAACUAAAUGCAAACACUUUCAAAAUAAACUAUUACAAUGCCACUUUAAUUGAACGAAUACUCGGAGCAACAAAAUUUAAUUCGAAUAUUUUUUUGUAAUCAAAUUCUUGAGUUAAUCGAUUAAUCGUUGCAGCACUAGAAUUUUCUGAAAUGAUUCGUAAUCAUGCGAGCAAGCCCGUCGACGGGGGGGCAACCGGGUAUGUUGUCCUGGGCCUCAUAUAGGGGCCCCUGAAUGACCCUUAAUUUAUUUUACUUUAAAUUAACAUAUUUCUUUAUUUCAAUAAUUGUCUGAUUAAAUAUUAUGUUCUACUCGAUAUAUACUUAAAAACUUCUUAAAUAUUUCAUAUAUAUAUCCCCUCUGUCUUAGCAGAGAAUGGUUUGACCCCGCUCUAGUGCACUCAAGGCUACUCGACGUACAUGCCCUGAAGCGGGAAAUUAAAAUCUGUCAUUAUUAUAAACUCUAAACAUGGCGAGUCAUCAUAAAUCGGGUGCAAAGAAAAGAAAAAGAGAUAAAGAUCAUAGAGAAAAAGAAAUAAAGAUCAUAGAGGUGAACGAGAAAAAAUGAUGAAGGUUUUAAAAGGGGGACAGGAAGCCAGAGAAUUAGGGCUAGAGUUGGCUGUGGAUGGUGAUGUCGAUCUGACUGCAUGCUGAUCUCCGACUCUACGAGUUGCCCUCCGUCGCCAUGAGAGGCCAGGAAGACUCCGCUCUCCGAGGGCCAUGGCUGGCAUUGUAGAAGCACUGCCCCGCGACCCGCUGUCGCGUGACUCCAGCUGCCUCUGACGGCCCUAUCGCCUUUUUUAUGGGAGCUACCGCUGUGUGCGCGCUCGGGAGGAUUUAAGCUUUUCUGGGACACUUUUUGAGUUUUUCUUUUUUCUUCACUCCGAGCUUUGUAUUGGUGGGAGAAAAUGGCGAACAACUCAUACAGCGGGGUGAAGAACUCCAUUGUGGAGGCCAAUCACGAUGGCGACUUUGGCUGCUCGCUCAAAGAACUGCGCUCCCUCAUGGAACUGCGAGGCGCGGAAGGCCUAAACAAAAUCGGGGAAUCUUACGGAGACGUUCACGGACUCUGCAACCGCUUAAAAACCUCACCUACGGACGGUCUGAGUGGGCAGCCGGCAGACAUCGAGAAGCGGAAAACAGUGUUUGGGCAAAAUUUCAUACCGCCCAAAAAGCCCAAAACGUUCUUGCAAUUAGUGUGGGAGGCGCUGCAGGAUGUCACACUGAUUAUCCUGGAAGUGGCAGCCGUAGUUUCACUUGGCCUUUCUUUUUAUAGACCUCAAGAUGCCGAAAGAGAAGACUGUGGGAAGGCUGCCGGCGGCGGGGAGGACGAGCACGAGGCAGAGGCGGGCUGGAUCGAGGGCGCCGCCAUCUUGCUGUCGGUCAUCUGCGUGGUGCUGGUGACGGCGUUCAACGACUGGAGCAAAGAGAAGCAGUUCCGCGGCCUCCAGAGCCGCAUCGAGCAGGAACAGAAGUUCACCGUGGUUCGCGGCGGACAGGUCAUCCAGAUCCCCGUGGCCGAGAUAGUCGUCGGGGAUGUCGCACAAAUCAAAUACGGAGACCUUUUGCCUGCCGACGGUCUUCUCAUCCAAGGCAACGAUUUGAAGAUCGACGAGAGCUCGCUCACGGGAGAGUCUGACCACGUCAAGAAGACGCAAGAGAAAGAUUUAAUGCUGUUAUCAGGCACCCACGUGAUGGAGGGCUCAGGGAAAAUGGUGGUCACAGCGGUGGGCGUCAACUCGCAAACUGGAAUUAUUUUCACGCUGCUCGGUGCCGCGGAGGAUGAGGACGAUGAUGAUGAAGAUGAAAAGAAGAAGGAAAAAGAGGAGAAGAAGAAACAAAGAAAAAACAAGAAGCAGGAUGGUUCCAUUGAAAAUCGUAAGAAAGCCAAAGCGCAGGAUGGCGCCGCCAUGGAAAUGCAGCCUCUAAACAGCGACGAGGGAGGCGACGCGGAGGAGAAGAAGAAAGCCAACCUGCCAAAGAAAGAGAAAUCGGUCCUGCAGGGCAAGCUGACCAAACUCGCUGUACAAAUUGGCAAAGCGGGAUUGGUGAUGUCGGCCAUCACCGUGAUCAUCCUGGUGGUGCUGUUUGUGCUCAACACCUUCUGGAUCCAAAACCUGCCUUGGGUCAAGGCCUGCACACCCAUUUACAUUCAGUUCUUUGUCAAAUUCUUCAUCAUCGGCGUCACCGUGCUGGUGGUGGCCGUUCCCGAAGGCCUCCCUCUCGCCGUCACCAUCUCAUUGGCGUACUCCGUCAAGAAAAUGAUGAAAGACAACAAUUUGGUGCGUCACCUGGACGCCUGCGAGACGAUGGGCAACGCCACGGCUAUCUGCUCGGACAAGACUGGGACGCUCACGAUGAACCGCAUGACUGUGGUGCAGGCCUACGUGGCAGAGAAACACUACAAGAAGGUGCCAGACCCGGAGAACAUCCCCGCCUCCAUUUUAGAUUUCCUAAUUCUGGGAAUAGCCGUCAACUGCGCCUACACGACCAAGAUCAUGCCUCCAGAGAAAGAAGGGGGCCUGCCUCGGCAAGUGGGGAACAAAACCGAAUGUGCCUUGCUGGGAUUUUCUACCGACCUCAAACGCGACUACCAGACCAUUCGCAACGAGAUCCCCGAGGAGAAGCUACACAAAGUGUACACCUUCAACUCGGUGCGCAAGUCCAUGAGCACGGUGCUAAAAAUGGCCGACGGCAGCUACCGGAUGUUCAGCAAGGGCGCUUCGGAAAUCCUCCUGAAAAAGUGCUAUAAAAUCCUGACGGCAUCUGGCGAGUCCAAGGUGUUUCGCCCGCGAGACCGGGACGACAUGGUGAAGAAAGUGAUCGAGCCCAUGGCCUCCGAAGGACUGAGGACCAUCUGCCUCGCGUACCGUGAUUUCAGCGUGACUGACGGCGAGCCCGACUGGGACAACGAAAACGACAUCCUCACCGGGCUCACUUGCAUCUGCGUGGUGGGCAUCGAAGACCCCGUGAGGCCCGAGGUCCCAGACGCCAUCAGAAAGUGCCAGCGUGCCGGAAUCACGGUGCGGAUGGUGACCGGCGACAACAUCAACACGGCACGCGCCAUCGCCAGCAAGUGCGGAAUCCUGCAGCCCGGAGACGACUUCCUCUGCUUGGAAGGCAAAGAGUUCAACCGACGGAUACGCAACGAAAAGGGAGAGAUUGAGCAAGAGCGCAUUGACAAGAUCUGGCCCAAACUACGAGUGCUGGCUCGGUCGUCCCCAACUGACAAGCACACUUUAGUCAAAGGUAUUAUUGACAGCACCGUAUCCGAGCAGAGGCAAGUCGUCGCCGUCACAGGGGACGGCACCAACGACGGUCCCGCCUUGAAGAAAGCAGAUGUCGGCUUUGCCAUGGGUAUCGCUGGCACCGACGUGGCUAAAGAGGCCUCGGACAUCAUCUUGACGGACGACAACUUCUCCAGCAUCGUCAAAGCCGUCAUGUGGGGUCGCAACGUGUACGACAGCAUUUCCAAAUUCUUGCAGUUUCAGCUGACCGUCAACGUGGUGGCCGUCAUCGUGGCGUUCACGGGCGCCUGCAUCACGCAGGAUUCGCCAUUGAAGGCUGUGCAGAUGUUAUGGGUCAACCUAAUCAUGGACACUUUCGCCUCACUGGCUCUGGCCACGGAGCCGCCCACAGAAGCCCUGCUGUUCAGGAAGCCGUACGGCCGCAACAAGCCUCUCAUUUCUCGCACCAUGAUGAAGAACAUUCUGGGUCAAGGAGUAUACCAGCUGGUCAUCAUCUUCACACUGUUGUUUGCCGGAGAGAAAAUGUUCGACGUCGACAGCGGCAGGAACGCGCCCCUCCGAGCACCGCCCUCGGAACACUACACCAUCGUCUUCAACACUUUCGUCCUCAUGCAGCUGUUCAACGAGAUCAACGCUCGCAAGAUCCACGGCGAACGCAAUGUUUUUGAUGGCAUCUUCAACAACCCCAUCUUCUGCAGUAUCGUCUUUGGUACCUUUGUCAUCCAGAUUAUCAUCGUGCAGUUCGGAGGGAAACCAUUUAGCUGUGUGGCUCUCAGCAUCGAUCAUUGGCUUUGGUGCACUUUCCUAGGCUUUGGCUCGCUGCUGUGGGGGCAGGUCAUCUCCUCGAUACCGACCAGUCGCUUAAAAUUCCUGAAAACGGCGGGCCACGGAACCCAAAAGGAGGAGAUCCCCGACGAGGAGCUGGAGGAGCUGGACGACAUGGACGAGAUCGACCACGCCGAGCGAGAGCUACGUCGCGGCCAGAUCCUGUGGUUCCGCGGACUCAAUCGCAUUCAGACUCAGAUGGAUGUAGUGAGUGCGUUCCAGAGCGGAACUUCCUUUCAGGGGGCUCUGAGGCGGCAGGCCUCCAACUCCAGCCAGCAGCAGCACGAUAUCCGCGUGGUGAAUGCAUUCCGCAGCUCCAUCUCCCUCUAUGAGGGCCUGGAGAAGCCCGAGUCGCGGACCUCCAUCCACAACUUCAUGACCCACCCGGAGUUUCGGAUAGAGGACUCAGAGCCGCACAUACCCCUGAUAGACGACACGGACGCCGAGGACGACGCCCCCACUAAACGCAACUCUGCCAGCUCCCGCAACGCCUCGCCCGCGCCGCCCUCGCCGGCUGGCGCCGCCCCGCCUUCCCCCGGCCCCACCCUUAACGCCGCCUCCCCCAACCAGAACAAUAAUGCUGUGGAGAGCAGCAACCACCUCCUCCCGGAGACCACCAAAGCGGGCGACCACUCGGUGCCUGGCAGCCCCCUACACAGCCUGGAGACCUCCCUUUGAUCGCAGAGUACGCCCACCUCCCCGAAAGGCACCUUACCACUUUUGUACACCGAGGGAGGCGGGGGGCGAACCGGGGGGCUGCGUCGGGCGGGGGCUGGAACAACGUUGGGAGGAACCUAAUGGCUUGCGUGGAUGCUUUUAUCUUCUGGACUUGUUCUCCUUAAACCACGGCCGAACUUGGGCGCCCUCCCCCCGCCGCCCCCAUUUUUGGUUUGCCCGGCUGGACAAAGGCCUCAUUCUGGACUCUUGAUUGCAAGUGACCUGUUUUUCUUAUUCUAUUCUUACUAUUAAUAUUAUCUGAAACGCAACGACGCGAAAGAGGAGGACGAGGUCCUCACGGCUUGAAGGCGACAGAACCUUUUAGCUUCUCUUUUAACUCAUCGGCUGCCAUUGACGGUGAUGGACAUCCAACACGUGCAAAGUGGAAAGGUUGACAACGGUUGUCAGCCCUCCCUCUUUGACUGUAUUCAACGUCUACUAGUGAUAAACUACCGUAAUUUUCUGACAAUAAGCCGCGACUUUUUUCCUUCAUUUUGAUUUAUUUGGGUUCAUAGGCAACACAUGCGUCCUAGCAUGCAUUGCAGUGCAACAAAUGUAAAUAAUAAUCAAAAUUCACGUUAUGUGCCAAUUAUUCAGUGACCGUUCCAGUUGUUUCAUUAAUUGCUUGUUAUGGUAUAUGGUAACACUUUAUUUGACAGUGGCGUCAUAAGUCCGUCAUAAUUUUGACAUACUAUCAUGGGCAUUACUGAAUGCUCAUGACAGAUGUCAUUAAGUGUCAUCCGGCAAAUUAUGUUGCUAACUCCAUUUAUGUCCAGCUUGGAUCGUUUACAUCCGUUCAAAAGUGAAAUAAUUUGCCGGCAGGCGCAAAAUGACAUCUGUUAUAAGAAUUGAUUCAUGCUCAUGACAGUGUCGUGUCAUAAUUAUGACGGUCUUAUGACAGUCUUACGGUGCCACUGUGAAAUAAAGUGUUACCAAAUACUGUAAACGUAGACUUCAUAAUAUAUUGACAUGACAUGGGACGCAGAGCCAAAACGUAGGUGGCCUGUUUUCAAAAACUUCAAAUAUUUUCAAAACCAAAGCUGCUACUGACUUAAAACCAAAACGGGCAUCUACCUUAGCCAUAUAUGAGUCUCCAUGAGCAGCGGUAUCAAAAAAUUCUAAGUCGUUCCCUUAUAAAAUUCCGACUAAUUUAUUUUUAUAUUGGUAUAACAAAACUUAAAAUGGCGAUUAAAAUUCUCAGAUUUUACACUAGAUACACAAAAAUCACCAAAUGCUGCGAUAAUUACCUAUACUUUCAGGAUCAAUAGCAAUAUUUAGCAUAUCAUUUUGCCCAAAAUAGCAACUUUUUUAGUAUUUUUUUUUUUUAAAAGCUAAUCACUCAAUUUUCACAUCAGAAACUUAAUACUUGAGUAAAACAUGCAGAAUCAAUUAUAACUAUUUCAUUAAUAGAUUAUUAAUAAAUUCUAUAUGCAAUCACUACUCAUUAUAGAAUACAAUAGCUCUUUAUUGUCAUUAUAUAGUUGUAUAGUUACUGUAUAUAGUUGUAGUGAAUGAGGCUAGCGGCCGCAUGACGUAUACAGAGCUUUUCUGGUGAACAUUCUUGUGAUGUUUAAAUCCCCAAAUUCUUCAUAGAUAUGGACAUAAAACAGUCUCCAUUCUUGCUUAAAAGCAAAGAAACUGCAGUCAGCAUUAAUCUUACGUAAAUAUGUCGAAGUACAAUGCUACUCUGUUAGCGAAUGAGGCUAGCAGCCGCCUGAUGUAAACAGAGCUUUUCUGGUGAAAGUUCUUGUGAAUAAAUGCUUAAAUCCCUGAAUUCUUCAUAGAUAUGAAAGUAAAACAGUCUUGAGUCUUAGUUAAAAGAAAAGAAACCGUGCAGUUAGCGUUUAUUUUAUGUAAAUAUGUCGAAGUACAAUGCUACUCUGUUAGCGAAUGAGGCUAGCGGCUGCCUGAUAUAAACACAGCUUUCCUGGCGAAAAUUAGUGUGAAUAAAUGCUUAAAUCCCUAAAUUCUUCAUAGAUAUGGACGUAAAACAGUCUCCAUUCUUGCAUAAAAGCAAAGAAACUGUGCAGUUAGCAUUUAUCUUACGUAACUAUGUCGAAUUACAAUGCUACUCUGUUAGCGAAUGAGGCUAGCGGCCGCCUAAUGUAAACAGAGCUUUUCUGGCGAAAAUUGUUGUGAAUAAAUGCUUAAAUCCCUGAAUUUUUCAUAGAUAUGGACGUAAAACAGUCUUGAUUCUUGGUUAAAAGCAAAAACGUGCAGUUAGCGUUCAUUUUACAUAGAUAUGGCAAACUAUGAUGCCAAUGCAGUAGCGGCUGAUUCACUGAUUUUUUUCCCACAACGUUUAAAAAUACAUGCAUGGUAUGAUAAUUAUAACAAUCACCAUGAAUCCUCGAACAAAUCACUCCAUAGACAAUCCAUCCUGUUUGUAUGCGGUACAGCCUUCGUACUUCUUCAAAAAUCCAAGCUUAAAUCCGGCUUGGACAUGAGCGUGUGCCGUCUUUGAAAGACUUACUAAAUGAAGCUCAGCUAAGGUGUGACGCAAAGAAUGACGAAGUGUCACAUCAAGAGUUUUGAAGUCUAUGACCAUAACUAACAAUUAAUGAAACAACUGGAACAGCAACUGAAGAAAUAAUUAGCACAGAACAUGAAUUUUGAUGGUUAUUUACAUCUGUAGUGCAUCAAUGCAUGUUAAGAGGCAUGUUGGACAACAAUAGUAUUGACAGCAGGUGGCAGCUGAUGUUGACUGUCUCCCCCAAGUGAACCCAAAUGAAGCUUCUUGAAGCUUCAUGGUGGUUCAUUUGGUCUUAUGACAGUUGUAUGAUGCCGCUGUCAAAUAAAGUGUUACCAGUUAAUAUCUUUUGAUGUAAGUAUCCCAUAAUACAAUGACGACAGCUUCGGCUUAGUCCAGUGCGGCUUAUCUAUGAACAAAUGGCAUUUUCAUGUCGCAUUUGGUGGGUGGCGGCUUAUAGUAAGAAUAAUUACGGUAAUUUAAAAUCAAGACAAAAGAAUGCUGCAUGAGUUAAUUUGACAUCAACUCGUGAUUAACUAUUUCAUUUCGUUUUGGACGUCUAUCUCCGUCAAAGGCACUGCAAGAGUUAAUCUCGAUGGUGUUGUACAUUUAGCUCUUUGGCCCUCGCUAACACAAAAACUCAUUUCUGCUCCAUUUGGCUGUUAAUAUUUUGACUUAUUUAUGUUUAUGGAGGAAAAAAACAGGUCUGUUUACAAAGUUUGUAGAUACUUUUUUUCUGUUUGUAGGCAAAAGAGCUUCCUGAUGUAUGACGCGGAAAACUGGGGACAGAUUUAAGAAAAAAAAAUAUUUCAGAUACUGCUGUAUUUUCAGGAAAAAAAGGGUGUUUCUAUUGAAACUUAAGUAUUUUUGCCUGCAAGUUUUAUUUGUUAUAUAUAUUUGUAGAUAAACAUAGAAACUUCUAGCCAAACCAAUAAACACUAAGUCUUGUAUAGAGAGGAGGUCCGCCCGGCCCCCGAUGAUGUGUUUGGAGCAUCGCUAUAAAUAUUUACUCUCUAGUUUCCACGUGCACAAAACCUUCCGGGGGUUAAAAAAAAAAAAAAAUCCUCGUUUCCAUCCGUUAUCUUGUGUUCAAAGAUUUCCACAUGUUGAAAGCUUGUCACCGCAAAAAAAAAAGGGAGUCCACGUUAGCAAACACGUUCAGAACCAGGUGAACAGGAACCACAACUUGGGUUCAAUUGAGACUAAAUUACAACCCCUAGCAAAACGUAUGGAAUCACCAGUCUCGGAUGAGCACUCAUUCAGACAUUAUGUAGAACAAACUAAGAUAAAAAGCUUGAAAAAAAUAAUGAAUUGGUUCAAAAGUGCAACUUUUUAGCAUUCAGAAACACUAAAAGAAAUGAUUAAAAAAAACAUUGUGGUGGUCAGUAAAUGUUACUUCUCUAGAGCAAGUACAGGGAAAUACAGAAUCACUCCAUUCUGAAGAAAAAAAAUUGGAAUCAAUCCAUUUUGAGUAUAAAAUACAGACAAAUCCAGUCAAUUUCCCUUCCUUAAUUGAGCCCGUCUCAGAUUAGAUCUGCUCGUAAGUCAGCAGUUAAAAACAGUGCAGUUAUCACACCUUGGAGGUCUGCUGGACCAAGUAGAUUCAUAAGAAUCAUGGCUCUAACAAGAGAGAUGUCUCUUGAGACCAAGGAUUAUCAAACAUCUUGAAGAAGGUAAUGCUACACGUAUGGUUGCUAAAAGUGUGGGCUGUUCACAGUCAGCUGCAUCAAACAUCUGGACCAAGUACAAACAGCAUGGAAAGGUUGUUAAAGUUAAGCGUACUGGUAGACAUCCAAAUGUCAUGAUAAACAACUAAAGGCCAUAUGUCUUGAAAACAGAAGAUAUACAACAAGACAAAUGAAGUGGGAGGAAGCUGGAGUCAAGGUAUGUGACAGAACUGUGCUAAAUCGCCUAAAGGAAAUGGGAUUUUUAUACAGGAAAGCUAAAAGGAAACCAUCAUUGACUCUUAAACUGAAACAAGACUGGAAUGGGCUAAUGAGAGGCAAUCAUGGACUGUGAAUGACUGGAUGAAGGUUAUUUUCAGUGAUGAGUCAAGAAAAUCUGAAUUGGAUAAGGUGAUGAUGCUGGAACUUUUGUUUGGUGCCGUUCCAAUGAGAUUUACAAAGAUGAGUGCCUGAAGAAAACAUCAAAAUUCCCUCAGUCCUUGAUGAUAUGGGGCUGCAUGUCAGGCAAAGACACUGGGGAGAUGGCGGUGGUUAAAUCUUCAAUGAAUGCACAAGUUUACAUUAAAAUUUUAACUUUCUUAUCCCUUCAAUUGAAAAUAUGUCAUUUUCCAAGAUGACGAUGCAUCAUGCCACAGAGGUGAAACUGUUAAAGCAUCAUCCAGUCAAUGUCAUGGCCUGCAAGUAGCCCAGAUCUCAACCCUAUUGAAAACCUGUAGAGGGAAUUGAAAAAAAUGGUCCACAGCAAGGCUCCGACCUGCAAGGAUGAUCUGGCAACUGCAAUCAAAGAGAGUUGGCACCAAAUUGAUGAAGAAUACUCAUCAAGUCCAUGACUCAGAGACUGCAAGCUAUCAUAAAAGCCAGAGGUGGCGCAACUAAAUACUAGAGAUGCGUUUUGACUGUUAUUUCUUUGUUUGUUUCUAAUGAUUCCAUAUAUUUUUUUCUCAGAAUUGAGUGAUUCUAUGUUUAUUUUCCUGCGUUUUCUCUAUAAAAGUAACAUUUACUGACCACAACAAUGUUUUUAUUCAUUUCUUUUAGUGUUUCUGAAUUCUAAAGAGUUGCACUUUUGAACUAAUUCAUUAUUUUUUCGAGCGUUUUCAUCUUAGUUUGUUCUACAUAAUGUCUGAGUGAAUGCUCGUCCGAGAUUGGUGUUUCCAUACUGUUUGCUAGGGGUUGUAGCCAGUGACCGUGCCUUGGCUGUUCUCAACAUUGAAGUUUGAUCGACCCUGUGGUUGCUUGCUAAAUAUAGACCCCCCCCCCCCAAAAGUCGUUUUUAGUUCUUUGAAUCUGCCUACUUUACAUUUUUAGUGUUUCUCAGCCCUCCUCACAGAUGCGACAUCUUAAAUGUUUCACUUUCUUCCCGCCCUGCACUCACAGGGGAACAGUUUUUGGACACCUGAUGUACUGGAAACAAUAAAAGGAUCAUUUUUUUAAGAAUAAAGACGAGGCAUACACUGGUAUCUAUCUGCACAGGGUACUUUAUUUCCUAGAGAGAGUUUUGAUACAGAAACAACAAAUGUACCUUUGUAUUUUUAUGAUGCUUAACGGAUUUAUCGAGCUUUCAUCGUGCUCUUGAGACGGUUUGACACAGCGGGGAGGCCAAUCGUGUGUUGUUGUUCUGGAACAUUCAUCUCAGGGUGCAAAUAGGUGUGAGGGGGAGAGAACAGGCCUCUUUUUUUGUUUUUGUUUUGUUUUUGUGUGUUUUGUUUUGUUGGCCCCGGUGGCUGCACGUUCUUCCUGCAGCCCCCUCAGCAUUCUUCACCCGGAGGCAUGUUGACCUUGUUCGGUUUUACUCAAAUGACAACUGCAAAUAAGACCUUUGAAAACACAAAAAGCGGAAUCCAUACCAGGAGUUUGUUUGUAGCUUCUUCCUGUAAAACACAGGAAUGAAUGUUGUUUUUUUUCCCAUCUGUUUUAUGGAUUUUUUUUUUUUUAAUCUUUUAACAUUUGGAAAUAAAAGUACUUCAUGUCUGUUUA